GAUGAACUUUUGGAAAAUUUGCCUUCAGUACAAAUGUAUAAGGAGUUAAAUGAGAAGGCUGAAAGUUAUGAAAAUACAGGGUGCUGGAGUGAAUUGGAGAGUAAAUUAAAAAGUUAUAUUACGGAUAAUGAGGAUGUUAAUAGAAUUGUAAAGGCAUUUUGUUAUAUAUAUGAAAUGGAUGAGAAUACACGUAAGAACGGAGGAUGGUGCUAUUAUUUUUAUUAUUGGCUAGGGGAUAUGUUGCCUGAGGGAUUGCUUGAUUUCGAGUUUGGAACAGCUAUGAAUAUUUUUUGGACGAAAAUGGAAAUACAGGAGAGAAAGAAAAAGUGUGAAGUUUUAUACACUUCUAAUAGUAAGGAAGUCUUCGGCGCCCUGAAAACAGUAUUUGAUUAUAAGAAGGAUGAAAAAGACCUGAAAGAACAAUUAGAAGGAGGAGGAAAAAAAUGUACUCAAAAUUAUUACGAACAUCUAAGGGACAUAGAGAAAGCCUAUGAAAAAUUAAAGAACGACUGUAAGGAAAAGACUAUGAAGGAAUGGCAUACAGCAUUCACCACAAAAUAUGGAAAUUACAAAAGUGAGCAGGAAUUACAAUUGAAAUGUGAAUUAACAGACCAGAAAAAAGCAAUUCUACACACAGCGGACUCCGCUGUCGAAGGAACUGGUACUGCUUCCAUUGCAGUUCCUUCUGCAUUGGUCGCCACAGUAGGCCUUCCUACAAUCGCCGUCUUCUUUUUAUAUAAAUAUAAUCUUUUACCUUCUUGGAUACGUGACUCCUUUGGAGGCAGGAGCAACAGAAAUAACAAUAGAAGAAAGAAAAGAAGAUCAAUAAAACAUGAAUUCGACACACCUACAGAAGAUUCUUCCACACUAUAUACAACAGUAGCAGACACUUCCACUAUAGCAGAUUUGACAGAUGGUUCUACUGUAUAUAAUGAACCACGAGGAAGGAACAAUGGAAAAGUACAACAUAGAAAUAUACGUUAUCAACGUAUGUGA